AUGUCCUCUUUUUGUUUAUACGGAAUAUUGUUCCUUAUAUGUGCACAAAGUGUUACAUCAUUUAGAAAAGGAAGCUCAGUCUGCAUUUUAGAUUAUGAGGAGGGCAUAUGCAGAGCUCUGAUAAAACGUUUCUACUACAACAGAGUAAAUAAAACGUGUGAAGUAUUUUAUUACGGUGGGUGUUUUGGAAAUGGAAACAACUUUCUAAGUAAAACAGAAUGUGAACUGAAGUGUAAUGGGACGAUUUACAUAACGGAAAAUCCAUCCGAGACAACUAAACAAACGGUGACAACAUCAACAUCGACCGACCAAUCAGAUAGUACUGAAGCAACAACCCCUACUCAGAAACCACUUGGAGUGGGUACUAAAAUAUUCUUAGAAUCAAAGGUGGAAAAUAACAUGAAUAUCCUCAAUAAUAAUAAUAACACUUUGUAUUCUUUUUUAACAAAAACUCCAGAUGAAAUAUGUGCUUUACCAUUGAAAAAAGGUUAUUGUCUACAAAAUAUACCACGUUUCUAUUAUAAUUCACUUGAAAAUAAAUGUCUACCAUUCACUUAUAAAGGAUGUGGUGGAAAUGAAAAUAGAUUUAAAACUAAAGAAGCCUGUGAAAGUAUGUGUAUGAAAAAGACAACAAUGAAAUCUAUAAAUAAUCAAACAAGAACAACAUUAUCAUGGCAAAAAGUUAAUGAGACAACGACACGAAUCAUUAAUUUAACAAAAUCAACUUUACAGAAAAAAUAG